AUGGCUUCCAUUACCAUGUCAUCAAUUGCUCCAACAACAGGAAGAGUGUUUGCAGCUACAAAGGGUGCAGCAGGUGCAAGCAAGGAAGAGAAAGGAUUUUUUGACUGGAUUCUCGGUGGUAUGCAGAAAGAAGAUCAGUUGCUAGAGACUGAUCCUAUUCUCAAGAAAGUUGAAGAGAAGAAGAAUAGUAGAGGCACCACUUCUAGUAGAAGUGGUGGAACUAGAAGUGGUGGAACUAGAAGUGGUGGCAAGAAUUCUGUGGCAGUUCCACAAAAGAAAAAGGGUGUUUUUGAAGGAUUGUUUUCCAAGAAUUAG